UCGUUGGAUUGCGGAAAGCGAGACGAAAGGGCGCAACGAGAGGAAAGGCAGCGCAGCGCACUCUGUCAAAUCCGUGCAAUCUCCGCCAUCUCCCUCCCCCAUCCUCCUCUCCUCUCAUCCUAAAUUUCCCAAUCAAUCGCAGCUGCCACGACCCCCCCACCAGCUCCAGCUUCCACCCGCCCGAUCGCUGCCUGCCUGCCUGGUUGCCUCGAUUCGAUUCGAUCGGGAUUCUUGUAGCACACCACCAGGCCGGGCCUGCCCCAAUCGGGCCAGCGGGUGGCGGCGGUGGAUGCAGCGCGCGCCAUGGCGGCCCGCGGCGGUGAGGGCGGAUCGGCGUCGAGGGUCGGGGACAUGGGCGUCGAGCUGGGGGAGGGCUGGGACUGGCGGAGCAUCCCCAGGCUCCUCUCCUCGGCCUGCCUCUUCAUCUGCUCCGGAGGCUGUUUUGGAUGCUGUGAUAGGGCUGUGAGGCAUGUGGGGCAGCUUUCGAGGAGUUUGAUUGCUCCGGACCAGAACUACGCCGUAGGAGAGGAACUCUGGAGUACAACCACCAUCGAGGUUGAACAGGCAUGGGCUCUUGAUCAGCAUGGUGUGGGAGGCAGCCAUUCCCCUCCUGAAUAUGUUAAUCAUGGUCUUGUUCUUUGGAAUGAAAUUAGGAAGGACUGGACUGCGAAAACAAGGCAAAUACCUGAGACGAAGCAGAUUCGUGAACCAAUAUUGAGUUGGAAUGCAGCAUAUGAGAGUUUGCUUGGAUCCAACAAGCCCUUUCAUCAACCUAUCCCUCUACAUGAGAUGGUUGAUUUUCUUGUGGACAUUUGGGAGCAGGAGGGGCUAUAUGACUAGCACAAAUGCUUUUAAUAAUAUGACAUAGUUGUAGGCUUGAUGAAGAUGAAGUAACUUUGAGGGUUUUGGCCUGUCAUAUUUGUUUUUGCAUGGAGGCCUGUUGUGCUUAAUACAAGGUUCUAGUGGUUGUAAUCUGAGAAAGGUCGAGAUUUAGACGCUUUGUUGAAUUUGUCAAAGAAAGCAAAGCCUGAGAGCAAAUAUGUGUAACACUAACUCAUUGACGUUAAUGUGAUGUGUGUUGAUAGAGAA